UUUAAAAAUAUUAAAAACAUGGCCACGGCUGAAGCUCAAGUCAAUGUGAACACAAAUUUGCAAAAGCAGGACCUUAGCAAUUUGGAAAUCAGCAAUUUGACGCCCCUGUCGCCUGAGGUGAUCUCGCGCCAAGCUACCAUCAACAUUGGCACAAUCGGCCAUGUAGCGCACGGCAAAUCCACGGUUGUCAAAGCCAUCUCCGGCGUGCAGACUGUCCGCUUUAAAAAUGAAUUGGAACGAAACAUUACAAUUAAGCUCGAACGCUUAAGCGAAAAGAAAAUCCAAAAACUUUUGCACUCCAAGCAGCACCGCAAUGCAUACGAUCGCAAGCAGCGCCAGCUGCUCAAUCGCCGGCGACAACGCACCGGAAGUAACCGACUGGAGCUGUCCCAUAACCAUUUAUUUGCGCAAUAUACACGGACUACGCGCAGCUUCAGCCAAAGCUCGUUGAGUCCCAGUCACAGCAGCGGCUAUGGCAGCGUUUUGGGCUGUGACGAACAGGAUGCUGCACCGCCGCCGUCCAUUGCCGCACAUCGCAACCCAGCUGCAGCUGCUGCCACGCCCCCAAAUCUGCUAAAGCGACGACGUAGUUCCAGAAGCGGCUCUCAAGAUGUGGAGCCAUCGCCCGCUUUGAAGCGCGCCAAGGAUAACAGCGGUCAGCUCAUUAAGAAGCCAAAGGGAGAGUAUAUUGUGGAGCGUAUUGAACGUGUUGAGGUGCUGCACUACGCGCCCGUGUUCUAUGUCAAAUGGCUGGGCUAUGACAGCAGCAAGAACACCUGGGAAGAUUUCAUUAAUUUGGCCGACUGUAUGCAGCUGGAGGAUUUCGUGGAGCGCCAGACGCUUUUUUACGCGGUUCACAUAGCGCAAAUCAGCAAAGAACUGGAGGCACAGCUGGCCGAAACGGCUCCACUGGAUAUGAGCAGCAUUAGCAUGAAGGACGAUGUGGAGAAUUAUGAGUCCUUGCCUCUGAAUUUGGAUCUGAUAUUGUUAGCACAGUAUCGUGCGGCGGGCAGUCGCAGUCAGCGCGAGCCCCAGCGCAUUGGAGAACGAGCACUGCGACGCCUUCAGCUGCAGCGUUGUCACUAUGCACGCCGUAAGCAGUUGCAGGCGCUGGCUCAGUUUGAGAAGCGCAUGAACGCCGUGGAGCUGCCGGCACCGCCUAUACGCGUCCAGAACGAUGUCGACCUGGAAAUCAUCGAUUCGAGUUUCGUUUAUAUUCAGAAGAACAUAUUGACCGAUGGUGUGCCGCGACCGGAGGCAUCAGUUUUGGGCUGCAGCUGCAAGGAACAGCCAGGCAUGGAGGAAUGCAGCGCCAUGAGCCGCUGCUGCGCCCGGCUCGCCGGCGAGCUGUAUGCCUAUGAGCGUACCACGCGACGCUUGCGCCUGCCACAGGGCAGCGCCAUCUUCGAGUGCAAUAGUCGCUGCUGUUGUGAUGCCAGCUGCACAAAUCGCCUGGUUCAAAACGGACGCAAGCAUCCGUUGGAGCUGUUCAAGACGAGCAAUGGACGCGGUUGGGGUGUACGCACACCGCAUUCCCUGCGCAAGGGGGAGUUCGUGUGCGAAUAUGUGGGCGAGAUCAUCACCAGCGAUGAGGCCAAUGUGCGUGGCAAAGCCUACGACGAUAAGGGACGCACAUAUCUCUUUGAUCUGGACUACAAUACGGCAGCUGAGAGCGAAUAUACCAUCGAUGCGGCCAACUAUGGCAAUGUCUCGCAUUUUAUCAAUCACUCGUGCGAUCCCAAUUUGGCCGUAUUCCCCUGCUGGAUUGAACACCUGAACAUGGCGCUGCCCCAUUUAGUAUUCUUCACACUGCGCCACAUCAAGGCCGGCGAGGAGCUGAGCUUUGAUUAUAUACGCGCCGACAACGAGGAUGUGCCCUAUGAGAAUCUAUCGACAGCUGUGCGCGUCGAGUGCCGCUGUGGCGCCGCCAAUUGCCGCAAAGUGCUCUUCUAGAUGCAGCUUCCGCAAAUGAUGAACAAAUUAAUUGUUACACCUUAAUACAAAUACAUACACACAUAUAUCUAUAUGCAUAUGCCUAUAUAUAUAAGAAUUUAGCGCUUAAGUUUAUUUGACAGAUUCACUUGAAAAACAAUUGACAUCAAAAACCUUAUGAAAAACUAUUCAGUUGCAUAUAUUAAAUUAUUUAUUGUUAUUUUGUGCAUGCAUUGCUUAAACAUUUAACGCAUCAAUUAUUUUUAAAAUGUUUUUCAAGUUAAAUAUAUCACUUUUUUUUAUAUUAUUGAAGCAUUUUGCGAAUUGCCCCCUGAAUUUG